UUUUGACAGUUACAAACACCACCAUCAUCUUCCCACAUACGCUACUUCAAAAUCCUUCAGACCAAGAACAUACACACACACACACACACACACUCUUUCUCUCCUCUAAUAAAAACUCUACCAAAAUAACUGAGUUGGAUCAAAGAUAUGUAUUCACCGGAAUCUUGGGUCACAGUGACAUACCCCAACAAGACCCUAAUAAUACCCAACGAAUUAUCAGAUGAUGAAGUCAUCACAGACAUGACCACAUCCGUUAGAGCAGUUGAACAAAUCUUGAAUUACAAAUUCAAGAAACCCAAACUCCUUGAAGAAGCCUUAACUCAUUCUUCUUGCAUUGAUUCUCCUUCAUACCAACGCCUCGAGUUUGUUGGUGAUGCUGCUCUUGGUUUAGCCGUAUCGAAUUACGUUUAUUUGGCUUACCCAGGACUUCACCCUGGUCAACUCUCUCUCCUUCGCGCCGCUAAUAUUAGCACUGAGAAACUUGCUAGAGUCAACGGUUUUUAUAAAUAUGUCCGCCACAAUAUCAUUGGCCUUGAUUUAAAGGUGAAAGAAUUCGUGAUAACGGUAGGACAGGAGGAGCAGGCGGAGUUCCAUGGAGGAGCAAUGAAGGCACCGAAGGUUCUUGCUGACAUUGUGGAGUCGGUGGCUGCCGCUGUAUAUGUGGAUUGUGGCUUUGAUCUGAAGGCUCUUUGGGUGAUAUUUAGAGGCCUCCUCGAGCCUAUUAUCACGCUGGACUUGUUGUCACAACAACCGCAGCCUGUAACCAUGCUGUAUGAGCUUUGCCAGAAAGUCGGGCACAAAGUAGAUAUAAAGCAUUGGAGAAAAGGAGAGAAAGACAUAGCUAGUGUUUAUGUUGAUGGUCAGUUUAUUGGCUCCGCUUCUUCUGAGAACAAGGAAAAUGCUAAACUUCACGCUGCAAAGGCUGCACUCAAAAAGUUGGCCUAUAAAUCUACUGGUAAGUUGGAUAUUGAAGUCGAACCAAACACAGAGAUUGAAGGAGCAAAGCAGAAGCUCAAUGAGCUAUGUGGGAGAAAGAAAUGGCCUGUACCAACUUACAGAAUCGAGAAACAGGUAGGUCCUGCUCACGAUAAGAGGUUUAUAUGUUCUGUGCAAGUUGCAGUUGCUGAAGGUGUGCUUGCGACGGGAGAGGAGAAGUCGCGAGUAAAAGAUGCAGAGAAUUCUGCUGCUUCAGCGAUGAUUUGGGGUCUGCAAUAUUCUAGGCUCAUUUUCAUUGAGGUUAUCCACUUGUGUUUCAAUCAUAUCGACAUGCAAGAGGACUAUUGUUGGGAGACUGUUGAAACUCAUCAAAAAAAGCCCGUUCAGAAAACAAAGCAUAAUUAUUCGAUCAGAACUAUGUAUUCGCCAGAAUCUUGGGUCACAUUAACAUACCCCAGCAAGACCCUAAUAAUAUCUGAUGACGAUGAAGUCAUCACAGACAUGGCUACAUCCGUUAGAGCAGUUGAACAAAUCUUGAAUUACGAAUUCAAGAAACCCAAACUUCUCGAAGAAGCCUUAACUCAUUCUUCUUGCACUGAUUCUCCUUCAUACCAACGGCUCGAAUUCGUUGGUGAUGCUGCUCUUGGCUUAGCCGUAUCUAAUUACGUUUAUUUGGCUUACCCGGAACUUGACCCUGGUCAAUUAUCUCUCCUUCGCGCCGCUAAUAUUAGCACCGAGAAACUUGCUAGAGUUGCUGUUAAACAUUGCUUUUAUAAAUAUGUCCGCCACAAUACCACUGGCCUUGAUGAAAAGGUGAAGGAAUUUGUGAUAACGGUAGGACAGGAGGAGCAAGCGGAGUUCCAUGGAGGAGCAAUGAAGGCGCCAAAGGUUCUUGCUGACAUUGUGGAGUCAGUGGCAGCUGCUGUAUAUGUCGAUUGUGGCUUUGAUCUAAAAGCUCUCUGGGUGAUAUUUAGAGGCCUGCUCGAGCCUAUUAUCACGCUGGACUUGUUGUCACAACAACCUCAACCUGUAACCAUGCUGUAUGAGCUUUGCCAGAAAGAUGGACACCAAGUUGAUAUAAAGCAUUGGAGAAAAGGAGAGAAAGACAUAGCUAGUGUCUAUGUUGAUGGUCAAUUUAUUGUCUCCGCUUCUUCCGAGAACAAGGAAAAUGCUAAACUUCACGCUGCAAAGGCUGCACUCAAAAAGUUGGCCUAUAAAUCUACCGGUAAGUUGGAUAUUGAAGUCGAAUCAAACACUGAGAUUGAAGGAGCAAAGCAGAAGCUGAAUGAGCUAUGUGGAAGAAAGAAAUGGCCCGCACCAACUUACAGAAUCGAGAAACAGGUAGGUCCUGCUCACGAUAAGAGGUUUAUAUGUUCUGUGCAAGUUGCAGUUGCUGAAGGUGUGCUUUUUGUGACGGGAGAGGAGAAGUCGCGAGUAAAAGAUGCAGAGAAUUCUGCUGCUUCAGUGAUGAUUUGGGGUCUGCAAGAUUCUAAGCGCAGUUAACGGUGCACUGUCUAUGGUAGUUCAAAUAAUUGCAUCUUUGGGCUAGGCAGACGGCAAGAAAGGUUGUAAAAUGUGUUGUGUUAUUAGUGUUCAUAUAAUUUGAAAUCGAUGACUUGUUUAGUUUCUAGUGCUUGUGUGGCACUCUUCUUUGUUGCUAUAAUAUGGUGAAUAAGUAGUGAAAUGUUGUUGUAGCUCCAUCUUAUCAGGAUAAUGAGAUUUGGGCAGUACAAAGAAGAUUUACACAGUUGUAGCACAAACUAUUAUAUAGCACAUGGCGAGAUGCUUCACCUGUA